AUGGAACUGGGAGUCACCACCAAGAUUUCACAGUGGGCAUCAGGACAGAACAUGAGUUGGGAGGCUGCAGGGUAUGAAGUGAUGAAGGGCAAUCGAGGGACAGCAUCUAGGGACAAAGGACGCCACGCACUCGACUGCAAGUUCUGUCGUACCCGGAUCGCGGAACCCCACCAAACACCACAGGAGCCGCGGGCUGACGCAAAAGCAGUGAGGAACUGUGUUACAAGCUCGAGCAGGCACUCUUUUCACACGACCGCGAAGGAGCCCCCGGUGAACGCGGCGAAUCCUUCUUACCCUGUACAGCAGGGGAAGCGGGAAGGGCAGCUUAAGGGGAUUGGUUGA